GUGACUGCGCGUUGGAGCUUGCAGACAGUCCCGCGGCGGGAGCGACGCGCAGCCGGAACCUCCACAGCCAUGGCCGAACACACAGCUCGCCACUGCUGCCUGGGAUGGGACUUCAGCACGCAGCAGGUAAAAGUUGUUGCUGUUGAUGCAGAGCUGAAUGUCUUCUAUGAGGAUAGUGUGCAUUUUGACAGAGACCUUCCAGAAUUCAGAACUCAGGGAGGCGUUCAUGUUCAUGAGGAUGGGCUGACAGUUACUUCCCCAGUCCUGAUGUGGGUCCAGGCUUUGGAUAUCAUCUUGGAGAAGAUGAAGGCUUCGGGCUUUGACUUCUCUCAAGUCCUCGCCUUGUCUGGGGCGGGCCAGCAACAUGGAAGCGUGUACUGGAAGGCGGGGGCCAACCAGGUGCUGACGAGCCUGACACCAGACCUCCUGUUACGUGAGCAGCUGCAGGCCUGUUUCUCCAUCAGUGACAGCCCCGUGUGGAUGGAUUCCAGUACCACAGCCCAGUGCCGCCAGCUGGAGGCCACCGUGGGUGGGGCCCAGGCUCUCAGCAGCCUCACUGGGUCCCGCGCCUACGAGCGAUUUACAGGAAACCAAAUUGCAAAGAUUUACCAGAAGAACCCGGAGGCCUACUCACGCACAGAGAGAAUUUCCUUGGUCAGUAGUUUUGCUGCUUCCCUGUUCCUUGGGUCUUACUCCCCUAUUGACCACAGUGAUGGUUCUGGAAUGAAUUUGUUGCAGAUCCAGGACAAAGUCUGGUCACAGGCUUGCCUUGGUGCCUGCGCACCUGGUUUAGAGGAGAAGCUCGGCCAGCCGGUGCCAUCAUGCUCUGUUGUGGGAAAUAUUUGGAGUUGUAGUGGCUCAGAUGCUUCCCACCUUGCACCCUCCCAGCCCAUCUUGUUCACCUGCCAUUGUGGCUUCACACAGGGAGCCAUUUCUUCCUACUUCGUCCAGCGCUAUGGGUUUCCUGCAGGAUGCAAAGUGGUGGCCUUCACUGGGGACAACCCAGCAUCGCUGGCAGGCAUGAGGCUGGAGGAAGGUGACAUUGCGGUCAGCCUGGGCACCAGCGACACCCUCUUUCUCUGGCUCCAGGAGCCUAUGCCCGCCCUGGAAGGCCACAUCUUCUGCAACCCAGUUGACCCCCAGCACUACAUGGCACUCCUGUGCUUUAAAAAUGGCUCCCUCAUGAGAGAGAAGAUCCGUGAUGAGUCUGCUUCCCGUUCCUGGAGCGAGUUCUCUAAGGCGCUGCGGUCCACAGAGUUGGGGAAUGGCGGAAACCUGGGUUUUUAUUUUGAUGUAAUGGAGAUCACCCCUGAAAUUAUUGGGCGUCAUAGGUUUAAUGCAGAAAACCAUGAGGUCUCAGCAUUCCCCUGGGAUGUGGAGAUUCGAGCACUGAUUGAAGGACAAUUCAUGGCCAAGAAGAUUCAUGCUGAGGGCCUGGGCUAUCGAGUCAUGCCUAAGACAAAGAUUUUGGCCACUGGAGGGGCAUCUCAUAACAAAGACAUCUUGCAGGUGCUUGCAGAUGUGUUUGGUGCCCCGGUGUAUGUCAUAGACACUGCCAACUCAGCCUGUGUGGGCUCUGCUUACCGAGCUUUCCAUGGCCUUGCAGCUGGAACCAACAUGCCCUUCUCAGAGGUUGUGAAGCUAGCCCCAAAUCCCAGAUUAGCUGCUACCCCAACCCCGGGAGCUUUUCAGGUCUACGAGGCCCUCCUCCAGCGGUAUGCUGUGCUUGAGCAGAGAGUCCUGACCCAGACCCGGAGGCCUUCUGAAUGAAUGCUGCAGGCCCAGGUUCAUUGAUUCUACUUGGAGACAUGGCUCAGGAAAGCAGGGAUCCUCUUCCCUGUUGCAAGCAGCUCUGCCUGCCCACCUGACUCCUUGCAGUGCUCCAGCCUUACCUAGGACCAACUUCAAGCCCACCUUAGCACACCAUUCCUCAACAUAGAUGGGUGGCUUGUGUGUUCCUGUGCCCUUGUGCCUGGGGCAGGAAAGCAUCUCUCUUUUUCUGUCUUUUUUCCCAGGAGACAAGAUAACACUGAGCUUGUGAUAUGUCUAAUAAAACUGUGACUUGUCCCCA